AUGGCCAGAGCAACUACAAAAGAAGCAUUAGCAUUGCUAAAUAGUCUCGGCGCAUCUGCACAUGCAAGCCGGCUGAAAGAGUUAAUAGGGUCGCUUGACAAAGGUCUUCAAAUAUCAAUCACGGACAAGGAAAUCUCUGACCAUAUCAAUAACAAAAUCCGGGCCUCUACAGCAAAAAAAACCGCCAAUGCAACCUUCACUGACAGAAGAAGACUUACCAAAGCAAGAGUGAUCACUACUGAAGAAGUAAUUAGGCUGAGAGAGGCAAGGGAGAAGGCAGAUGGGGAUAAAGCCGCAAAGACAAGUAUUAGGGAGGAAAAGAAGAAAUUAAAGGAAUUGUUAUCAAAGGAGGAACUACCUUCCUCUAAAUAUAAAGCAAAGUCAAAAAAAAGUGUCUCUAUAUCUACUACUAUUUCUGUAAAUAAUUUGAAGGAUAUUGAUAGGGUAGGCGUUGAUGACGAUGAGGAUGAAUGGUACCGGGUUGAGGAUUUUGAGGAGGAAAGUAAGGGCUCCCCACCACCACCACCUCGCAGAACGGCCAAUAUGACCCUCAGAGGGGGUAAAAAGUAUUAA